CAGUACACGUGCGCUAGUCCUUUCUUGCUUGGGCGGCGAGGAGUCACGGCUCGGAUGGACAUACAGAGCCAAUAAAACAGCCUCGACUAUUAGAAAAUAGCCUGCUAGCAAGCCAUAACAAUGCCAGCAUAUUUCCAGCGACCGGAGAAUGCUCUUAAACGAGCAAACGAGUUUCUCGAAGUUGGUAAAAAGCAGCCAGCUUUGGAUGUGCUCUAUGAUGUCAUCAAGAGCAAAAAACACCGAACAUGGCAGAAGAUACACGAGCCGAUUAUGCUCAAGUAUCUGGAGCUCUGCGUGGACCUUCGCAAGAGUCACUUGGCAAAGGAGGGACUGUAUCAGUACAAGAACAUAUGUCAGCAGGUGAAUAUCAAAUCACUGGAAGAUGUGGUCCGUGCUUACCUGAAACUUGCCGAAGAGAAAACUGAGACGGCCAAAGAGGAGUCUCAGCAGAUGGUGUUGGACAUCGAAGAUCUGGACAACAUUCAGACCCCUGAGAGUGUUCUGUUGAGUGCAGUCAGUGGUGAAGAUACCCAAGACCGUACUGAUAGACUUCUGCUCACCCCUUGGGUCAAGUUUCUGUGGGAGUCGUACCGCCAGUGCCUGGAUCUGCUAAGGAAUAACUCCAAAGUAGAGCGCCUUUACCAUGACAUUGCUCAACAAGCGUUCAAGUUUUGCCUACAGUACACCCGUAAAGCAGAGUUCCGUAAGCUGUGCGAUAACCUGCGAAUGCACCUUGGGCAGAUCCAACGGCAUCACAACCAGAGCACCGCCAUUAACCUGAACAACCCUGAGAGCCAGUCUAUGCACCUUGAGACACGUCUGGUUCAGUUGGACAGCGCUAUCAGCAUGGAGUUGUGGCAGGAAGCAUUCAAAGCAGUUGAAGACAUCCAUGGAUUGUUUGCACUGUCUAAGAAGCCCCCUAAGCCUCAACUUAUGGCAAACUAUUACAAUAAGGUGUCCACUGUUUUCUGGAAGUCUGGCAAUGCCUUGUUUCAUGCCUGUACACUACACAGACUCUAUCACCUUUCCAGGGAAAUGCGCAAGAACCUUACCCAGGAGGAGAUGCAGAGAAUGUCCACUCGAGUGCUCUUGGCCACGCUCUCUAUUCCCAUCACCCCUGAACGCACUGAUAUCGCUCGUCUGCUGGACAUGGAUGGUAUUAUUGUGGAGAAACACCGCCGAUUGGCUACUCUGCUUGGUGUACAGUCACCACCAACCCGCCAGAGUCUCAUCAAUGACAUGGUGAGGUUCAAUCUGCUUCAGUAUAUUGUCCCUGAAGUCAAGGAGCUGUACAACUUGUUGGAGGUGGACUUCCAUCCUCUUAAGCUUUGUGGAAGAGUGACAAAGGUGCUGAACUGGGUGAGGGAUCAAGCUGAGAAGGAAUCUGACCUGCAGCAGUAUGUGCCACACUUGCAGAACAACACCAUCCUCAGGCUGCUACAACAGGUGGCUCAGAUCUACCAGAGCAUUGACUUCAGCAGGCUAGCAUCUCUGAUCCCAUUUGUAGAUGCUUUUCAACUGGAACGUUCCAUUGUUGAUGCUGCCCGCCACUGUGACCUGCAGGUACGCAUCGAUCAUACAUCUCGCACACUGAGUUUCGGUUCAGAUCUUAACUACUCCACUAAAGAGGACUCCCCAGUAGGUCCAUUCCUACAGAACAUGCCCUCCGAACAGAUCCGGAAUCAGCUCACCGCCAUGUCAUCCUCCUUGGGCAAAGCCAUCCAAGUCAUCAAACCUGCUUCCAUGCUGCAAGAACAAGAGGAACAGAGCCAACUGGCCAUCACAGCCUACCUGAAGAAUGCCCGCAAGGAACAUCAGCGCAUCCUUGCUCGCCGACAGACCAUCGAAGAGCGAAAGGAGCGUCUGGAGAGCCUCAACAUCCAGCGGGAGAAAGAAGAGCUUGAGCAGCGCGAGGCGGAGCUUCAGAAGGUACGCAAAGCCGAAGAGGAACGUCUCAAACAGGAGGCCAAAGAGCGAGAGAAAGAGCGCAUCAUGCAAGAACACGAGCAGAUUAAAAAGAAGACUGUGCGUGAACGAUUGGAGCAGAUCAAGAAGACUGAACUGGGAGCCAAGGCCUUCAAAGACAUUGAUAUUGAGGAUCUGGAGGAACUGGAUCCUGAUUUCAUCAUGGCCAAACAAGUAGAACAACUGGAGAAGGAAAAGAAAGAACUUCAGGAGCGUCUGAAGAACCAAGAAAAGAAGAUCGACUACUUCGAGAGGGCCAAGCGCCUUGAGGAGAUUCCUCUGAUUAAGAAAGCCUACGAGGAGCAGCGCAUCAAAGACAUGGAGUUAUGGGAGCUGCAGGAGGAGGAGAGGAUCUGCAAUAUGAAGAUGGAGCGCGAGAAGGCACUAGAACACAAACAAAGAAUGUCCAGGAUGAUGGAGGACAAGGAAAACUUCCUGUCCAAAAUCAAAGCUGCUCGAAGCUUCAUCUAUGAGGAAAAACUCAAGCAAUUCCAGGAACGUUUAGUUGAAGAGAGGAAAAAGCGCCUCGAGGAACGAAAGAAGCAGCGCAAAGAGGACAGACGAAAGGCCUACUAUAACCAGAAAGAAGAGGAGGCUCAGAGAAUCCAUGAGGAACAGCUCAAAAAAGAGCGGGAAGAGCGUGAACGUUUGGAACAAGAGCAGAGAGAGGAGGAAGAACGAGAAUACCAGGAGCGUUUACGGAAGCUUGAGGAGCAGGAAAGAAAGCAGCGUGCCCGACAACAGGAAAUUGAGGAGCGUGAGCGCCGUAAAGAGGAGGAAAGGAGGGUGCCGGAAGAGAAGCCCGCCAAGGAAUGGAGUGAACGAGAGGAAGGUGGCUGGAGGAAGCGUGUUGAAGGAGAAUCAGAAUGGCGACGUCCUGUUGCUGAAAACAAGGAAUGGCGUCAGGAAGCACGUGAAGAACCUGAACGGGAAGAUCGCGAGCGGGAAAUGCCCUUCAGGAAAGGACCUGACAGCUCCCGUCGUGGUGGUGGUACAGAAGACAGGGGACCCCGUCGUGCAUUUGAAGAUGACAGAGGUCCACGCAGGGCGGGUGAAGAUGACCGUGCACCCAGGCGUGGCUUUGAUGACGAUCGCGGGCCCAGACGAGGCUUUGAUGAUGAUCGAGGAGGGUUCAGGAGAGGAGAUGAUGAUCGCGGGCCGAGGCGUGGAAUGGAUGACGACCGUGCCCCAAGACGAGGCUUUGAUGACGACCGUGCCCCAAGACGAGGCUUUGAUGACGACCGUGCCCCAAGACGAGCCUUUGAUGAUGACCGUGGGCCCCGUCGAGGCAUGGAUGAACCUAGAGGACCUCGACGUGGGGCCGAUGAUGACUGGGGUCCCAGAAGAGGAGGGGAUGAUGAGAGGGGUAGCCGCAGAGGUAUGGAUGAGUCUGGACCACGUCGUGGAGAUGACCUUAAACCGUGGAAACCUCUGGGAAGACCCGGUGGUUGGAGGGAGAGAGAGAAGGCUCGAGAGGAUAGCUGGGGACCUCCUCGAGAAGCUGGUCAUGAUGAUAAUGAUGAUGAUGCUGACCGUGAGGGAGAUGACCGUACUGACGUGGAUCGAUUCAGAGAUCGCCGCCCUCCAAGGGAAGAGGGGGGUGGUUGGAGAAGAGGUGGCGGUGAGGAGACCAGCAGCUGGAGAGACUCACGCCGUGAAGACUUGGACCGUGGUGAGCGCCGCGACAUGAGAGACCGCAGAGAUGAUGGUGAACGUGACCACAGACCCCCUCAAAGAGACCAUGAUGAAGGUGGUUCAUGGCGUCGUGGUGGAGAGGAGCGCAAGGAUGAAAGAGAGGCUCCUCCCAGACCACGUGACCGUGAGGGUGGCGAGAAGAGCACCUGGCGCUCAGACAAAGAUAAAGAGAUCCCACGCCGGACCAAGAAUGAGACGGAUGAUGAUGGAUGGACCACUGUCCGCCGCUAAUGCUUAAGCAUCAUGUGUUGCUUGAUGUCGUAUUAAGCCUUGAUGUGUUCACUAAUCAAUAUGGAGUUGUAAGGUCACUGCUUACAUUAACAUGGAAUACAUACAGCUUUGCCAUAGAUUUACAAAAUGUAUAAUGAAUGGGAUUUCAAACAUUGCAAUUUAUAUAUUUAUGGUCCCUUUUUAAAAACCUCAACUUCCAUCGAAUAGUAGUUCAUUCCUUUUUUUUUUUUGUUAUGCAUGCUUAGAUUACAAUUGGUCAGACAAAAUUAUGUAGGCUUUUUUCUUUGGGGUGCAAACAUCGUAGGCAUGUUCCGAAGAUAUUAAAUUCAUUAAAGACAUGAUCUCAUAUGUUGCGGUGAGGCUUUGAGAUCCAAUCAGCAAGUUUCCAUGCUGUAGUUGCUGCUUACACUAUGGUUGUAUGCCCUCUAGAAAUAUGAAAAUCUUUAUUAAUAAAGUCGUUUGCUCGAUAAAAUUA